CAAUAAAAACAAAGAAUCGUGGCUGACUGUCACUCUGUUUCAGUUACUUUUUCCUAUCUUCUUAAAAACUUCUUCUUCUCCUUCUUCUUGUUGCAUGUUGGAGCAAGGCAACAUGGUGAUCAGACAGCUUCUUAGAUCGUCUCUUCGAGCACAGCUUGGUUCAUAUCAAAAGCAUGUUGCUGCUUCUAGAAGUUUGCAAGAGAACUUGUGUCGAGUUCCUUUACUUGCUAGAUUGUAUGGCACUGAGGCAUCUUUGCAAAAGGAAGAUGAUUUGAAUGUUAAAGGAUUUAAAGGGCAUGAUAUGCUCGCACCUUUUACAGCAGGGUGGCAAACUAAUGAUUUGCAUCCACUGGUGAUAGAAAAAUCAGAGGGUAGCUAUGUAUAUGACACUAAUGGGAAGAAGUAUCUGGAUGCUCUUGCUGGUCUAUGGUGCACUGCCUUAGGAGGAAAUGAACCUCGACUUGUGGCUGCUGCUACUGCACAAUUGAAUACUCUGCCAUUUUAUCAUUCAUUUUGGAAUCGUACAACAAAACCUUCUUUGGAUCUUGCAAAGGAGCUUCUCGAUAAUUUUACUGCAAACAAAAUGGCAAAAGCUUUCUUUACAAACAGUGGAUCGGAAGCCAAUGACACUCAGGUGAAGCUGGUUUGGUAUUACAAUAAUGCUCUUGGAAGACCAAAUAAGAAGAAAUUUAUAGCACGAGCAAAAUCGUACCAUGGUUCAACUUUGAUUGCAGCUAGUCUUUCUGGCCUUCCGGCUCUGCACCAAAAAUUUGAUCUGCCUGCACCAUUUGUAUUGCACACUGACUGUCCUCAUUAUUGGCGCUACCAUCUUCCAGGUGAGACAGAAGAGGAGUUUUCAACGAGAUUAGCCAAAAAUUUAGAGGAUCUCAUCCUCAAAGAGGGACCAGAGACGAUAGCCGCAUUUAUUGCUGAGCCUGUCAUGGGGGCAGGAGGUGUGAUACCUCCUCCUGCAACUUAUUUUGAGAAGAUUCAAGCUGUUGUGAAAAAAUAUGACAUACUCUUCAUUGCAGAUGAGGUAAUUUGUGCAUUUGGAAGGCUGGGGACCAUGUAUGGUUGUGAUAAAUACAAUAUUAAACCAGAUCUCGUUUCUUUAGCAAAGGCUCUUUCUUCUGCUUAUAUGCCCAUUGGAGCCGUCCUUGUGAGUCCUGAAGUUGCAGAUGUCAUUUACUCUCAAAGCAACAAACUUGGUACUUUCUCUCAUGGAUUUACUUAUUCUGGGCACCCUGUAUCCUGCGCUGUUGCCAUUGAAGCACUCAAGAUUUAUAAGGAAAGAAAUAUUGUUGCGCAAGUAAAUAGCGUAGCACCAAAGUUUCAAGAUGGUAUAAAAGCCUUCUCUGACAGUCCUAUUAUUGGAGAGAUAAGGGGAACUGGCUUGAUUCUUGGUACAGAGUUUGCAGACAACAAGUCUCCAAAUGAUCCAUUCCCUCCGGAAUGGGGCAUAGGAGCAUACUUUGGAGCCCAGUGCGAAAAGCAUGGUAUGUUAGUUCGUGUUGCUGGUGACAACAUAAUGAUGUCUCCUCCAUUUAUAAUAACUCCGGAAGAGGUUGAUGAGUUGAUAAGCAAAUAUGGGAAAGCACUGAAGGCCACCGAGGAGAGGGUGAAGGAACUCAAAUCUCAGCAGAAGUAAAUGAUAAUGGUUGAUUAUGAUGAAAAAUCUGUAGUCUUUCAUGUAAAUCAAGCUUUGUUUUCAGUCUGUUAACUUAAUAAACAUAUGGAUUAUCUCAAUAAAGCACAUCUUUCAAC